AGGAGCGAGGGUGUGUCGCGGGGCACGAGGCGCAGGUUCGGCGGCCGGAGAAGCAGCGGAGGAGGCGGAGGCGGCGGCGGCGGCACCAACGGGCAGCAGAAGCAGCAGCACCGGAGCGGCGCGGGGAUGCUGAGCGAAGCGGAGAGCGGCGGAGCCCUGCCCGCCACCGGGGAGAUUCCCGCGGGGGAACCCGCGGCCGGAGGGGCCAAACCGGCGGCGCCCGCGGGCGGCUUGGCGGCUCGGAGCCAGGCGGCCAAGCGCGUCCUAGCCACCCAGGUGCAGGGCACGGUGAAGUGGUUCAACGUCCGCAAUGGUUAUGGAUUUAUAAACAGGAAUGAUACCAAAGAGGAUGUGUUUGUGCACCAGACGGCGAUCAAGAGAAACAAUCCUCGUAAAUUCCUGCGAAGUGUUGGAGAUGGAGAAACGGUGGAGUUUGAUGUGGUGGAAGGCGAGAAGGGGGCCGAAGCAGCCAACGUCACCGGCCCCGGCGGGGUUCCCGUGAAAGGCAGCCGCUAUGCCCCCAACCGCCGUCGCUUCCGCCGGUUUAUCCCCCGUCCCCGGCAGACUCAGCUGCCCCCAGAUGCUGCCCGGCCUGAAGGGGGCGCCGAGACGGUCAGCGAGGGGGAGAGAGUGGACGAGGCGGUACAGCAGCGCCCACGCAGGAGGCGCCCCCCGCCCUUUUUCUUCCGCCGGAGAUUCGUGCGGGGACCCCGGGCUCAGGCCCAGCAGCCCCAGCAGGCCCAGACUGUGGAAGGCUCUGACAGCACAGACCCCAAAGAUGCUACCCAGCCUGAAGGAGACCAGCCUCAGCAGAUCCAGGCGGGCGAGAGAGCCCCAGCACCUCGAUUUCGUCCCAGAUACCGCAGACCUUUUCGCCCCCGUCCUCCGCAGCAGCCUACCACGGAGGGGGGAGACGGCGAGACAAAGGCAGCCCAAGCGCCAGCGGACGGGAUCCGUCCCGAGCCUCAACGGCAGCGCAACCGGCCAUACUUCCAGCGCCGACGCCAGCAGACGACUUCGGCUCGCCAGACGGCAACUGAGGCAACCACCAAUACUAAGGAGCAGCCGGCCCCCAGCUCCGCAGCUGCCGGGGGAGACACCCCAGCCGCCAGCACUCCUGUGAUGACCCAAGACCCUGUGGUCGAAGCCAGCAAGCCUGCUUCCCCAGCCCAGGAAAGUCCCACCCAGCCACUGCCGGAAAUCCAGCAACAGCUUGUGGAUAUUUCAACACCUGAGCCUGGGGGAGAGCUGGCCCCUGUUUUACUGGCAUGAAGAGAGCCUGCACACACUGAGGGGAUGCCAAGAGCUGUGAUCUGGUAUCCAGAAUGUGCCUCCAACCCAAGUUACCUCAUCCUGCACUUGAAGAGACCCCAAACUUCACCAAAUAACCCUCUUUGCUGCUGUUGGAAGUUCUAAAAUGUUAAAAAAAAGAAAAGGAAAGAAGAAGAAAAAAGAAGAAUAAACCUGACCAGGCCGGGGGGGCGGGACCACUUUUGACCACAAAGAAAGGAAAAGUCACUUUGCUUUAAAAAAAAGAAGAAGAGAAAACUUCAGAGGGGCCUUUGUCUGCCUCCUUCCACAACUUUGCCAGUUUAAAAGGGAAAAGAAAAAAAAAAACUGGCAGUUUCUGAAUCUUGAGUUAAUUUUUUUUUCCUUCCCCUCCCCCCAAUUGUUUGAAGAACCACCCCGUGUGUGUAAACCAUUGUGUGCAGUUUGGGCGUCAGUAAAAAAAAGAAAAAAAUUUG